AGCAGCUUCGUUGCGUUCGAAAUCGCCUGUUUCUACUUCCUACUAAUCUCGCACCGUGAGAGACAGUGUGAUUACAAUAAUCAGUAAGCCAUGACUGCAUCGCGCAUGGCAAAAAUUCUUUGUUGUCGCUCUGUUUCAAAAGCCUUGAGUUCUCUCGACAGAAAGUUCGUAUGGUGACCGUCUACCUCGAACUAUUGGCUAGUGAAAAUUAUAUUCUAUACUGUUUCUCUUCAAAUUCCUCAUUUUGUAUUACGAAGUAUCUAAAACCCACCGUAAUCAUCAAAGGUUCAUUGACACGGUAUUAUUUUUAGCCGAAAUAAUUUUGAAAAUAUCUAUCUGGUCCCACGCUGAUAAUUUGGACUGAUGGUUCUCAUCAAACCAGUGUUGCCUUGUGACGACGAUGGUGGUGAGAUGUGUACUGAAGACAUAAUGGUAGUCAACGCUGAGAGUCUAGAACGAGAAGAAAUUCGCAAUAAAGUUUUCAAGAAGAAAUAUUACUGCAAGAAUAACAAAAGAAAGAAACAGCCUCCAUUUCCUGGCUCUGAUGUAUUUCGCUUCAGCGACUAUGAUUGCAUUGGCUUCGACUUGGACAACACGAUUUGUCGCUACAAAGUUGGUGAGAUUAUGAGGUUGGAGUACAGACUUAUAGCUGAGUACCUAGUCGAGAGGUAUGGCUAUGAUCAAUCAUUGUUACUGGGAGUCGAUGAUGACAUGGAUUUCUUACAGAAAGGCCUCAUCAUGGAUACCAAACGCGGCAAUUUUCUGAAGUGCACAGACCAAGGAGUUAUUCUAAGAGCUACACACGGUACGCAACCCAUGACAAGGGCUGCCAUCUAUGAGACUUAUGGCAAAGACAAGAUCUGGGAGCCGGUUCUUGAAUUCAAAGACAGCUUGUAUGACAACUCUCCCGGCUGUGCACGAAUUCUGCGGUCCUUCAAAGAUUACUUUGACAUGCCAGCUGCCAUUGCGUGUGCCAGAGCUAUUGAUAUAGAAGACAGGUCACCCAACGGACCCCCCGCGGAAUACGAUGUGUGGCCGGAUGUCCACGUAGCUCUAUGCAACAUGUACAGAAGGGAAUACUUUCAAACUGAUCAAGGUGGAUUUUUCCCUGAAAUAAAACAAAACCCGGGAAAAUACAUUUAUGAAGCGUCCGACAGGCUGAAAAAGUGGCUAAUGAGCCUCAAGGAACAUGCAUACACUUUCUUGAUAUCAGGAUCCAGCAUAGACUAUGCGUCUCACACGGCAGAAUUUGUGCUAGGGGAGGAUUGGAGAGAUUACUUCGACACGGUCGUGUGCACUGCCAAGAAGCCUCACUUUUUCAACACCAAAAAGCCAUUCUUUAGUUUGAAUGGACACUUGGACGGGGAAGAAGUUCCAUUUGAGAACUUGCGUUUGGAUGGCACGUAUUCGGGUGGCAAUUGGUCAGAUCUGCUUGAGUUGGUUCGACGUGACUCUGGCUUGGAGAACCCACAUUGUCUCUACGUUGGCGAUCAUCUCUGCCAGGACGUGAUGACUCCACCUUCGGUCAAAAUCGAUACUGUGGCAAUCGUAGAAGAGCUCGCAGCUGAAGGAAUGUGUGGAGAUCCUCUGGAACACGACGCCGGAGGUGAUCUCAUGAGCAUGUUUUGGGGUUCCUUUUUCACGACGGAUGGCAACAACAAGGUUAUGGGCAUCGAUAGAAUCAACACGAUGUACGGCAGCGUGCCUGUGAGAGCUGCAAGACUGGCCAUCCCUUGUUUGGAAGUGGUGGCCAGGAACAACAUCAAGCAUCAGUACGAAGCUUUCUCCCCAACCUCUACAGGAUUCUAUCCUGGAGAUCCUGUGAUACUACAUUUUUAGCGCAGUAGUUCUAAUCGUUCAAGUCCUUUAUUUCUUAAGGCUCUUUUAUAGUUCUCAGGAUUUCCCCUACGUUUACGGAUUAGGUUGUAUCGCUAGUAUUGUGUUGCUUACGAUGAUAAUUGUUUUGACUGUUGUGUUGAAGUCACACGAUGACUUUUAUUAAACUUACUUUGCUAUUGGUGCACAGCCUUGGGUCCUUGCCAAUAUUUUGCUCAAAACUUUGGCGUGCGUUACUUCUCGAACGCUCGGGUACGCACUUCUGUGACCACCACAGCUUCAGAAUACCGACUACCUUUCUUUUCGGCCGUUAGUAUAGAAACCAUUCACUAAAAUGAGCAUUAAAAUUCACUUAUCGUCGUUCGGCUUAAAAAUAUUAAUUUUAAUGCUCAAGGACUCGCUGUACCGAUACAUUUUUGUUUCCUUGGUGCAUUCGAUAGUUGAAUAUCGGUAGGAUUAUCUGGCAAGUUUGGGGUAUGAAUAAUAAAUGAUGGUGUAUCAUGCAGGUUUGGUCUAGAUAUUUUGGAAAUGAAUUUCUGAACUGUUCUCUCUUCUGUGGCCUUGCAUGAAUUUCGCAUCGUUACAUUUCAAAAUAUACCGUUUAUUCAAACAAUAUUUCUUAGUCGUGUACUUGGUGCGUAAUUAACAUCGUUCAUUUCGUUAUCUCAAUUACGAUGAAUCAUCGGAUUGCUCUAUGUUCAGAAACGUCUUUCUUAUGCAACUUUUCUUUUUACCAAUCAGCUAAAUGGUGACUUGUGCUUCCGUAUUAAAAAAAUAGUUUACAACAUACUUAAAUGGCGUCUCUGCCGUUCACCUGCAGCUAUAAUUGCAAUUCAAAACCGAGGACCAAACUUUAAAUCAUUUCAUUUCAUAUACACAUAUGCCUUUGCGUUGUUAAACAAUGAUAUUAUAUCAACGAAUAAUUUAUUGUUUCUUGAAAAAUAAAUUUAUUGU